GGCACUCGGAUUUGCAGUCCCAAAGGCAAGCUGGGGGCAGUGGGAGAGCUGGCUGAGCUCCUGCCUUGCGAUGAGCACCUUGCCAUGUUCCUCGUGCAGUUCGCAGGUUUAAACCACCUGUCCUUUGACCCUGCCAGCACUGAGUCCCUGGGGCUGGACAGCCCGGCUGAGGAUGGCAGUGACCCGGGGAAGAGGAAGAGGAGCAGCAUUCCCCCAGAUGGUGGCAGAAAUCUGAGCCUGGAGUCCAUUCCGAUGGGAUUGCCAAUGUCCGACCCCAGCGCCUGGGCCACGGCCAUGAACAACCUGGGCAUGGCUCCCAUGGGCAUGACAGGACAGCCCCUCCUGCCUGAUUUUGACCCUGCUCUUGGGAUGAUGACUGGAAUCCCUCCCAUCAACCCCAUGAUGCCAGGCCUGGGGAUUGUCCCCCCUCCCAUCCCUCCGGACAUGCCGGCCGUGAAGGAGAUCAUCCACUGCAAGAGCUGCACUCUGUUCCCUCCCAACCCACAUCUCCCCCCUCCAGCCACGAGAGAGAGGCCCCCAGGGUGCAAGACAGUGUUUGUGGGAGGGCUGCCAGAGAACGGCACGGAGCAGAUCAUCAUGGAGGUGUUUGAGCAGUGCGGGGAGGUCAUCGCCAUCCGCAAGAGCAAGAAGAACUUCUGCCACAUCCGCUUCGCCGAGGAGUUCAUGGUGGACAAGGCACUGUACCUGUCUGGGUACCGCAUCCGCCUGGGCUCCAGCACGGACAAGAAGGACACGGGCAGGCUGCACGUGGACUUUGCGCAGGCCAGGGACGAUCUGUACGAGUGGGAGUGCAAGCAGCGCAUGCUGGCGCGCGAGGAGCGCCACCGGCGCCGCCUGGCCGAGGAGCGCUUCCGGCCGCCCUCGCCACCCCCCGUCGUGCACUACUCCGACCACGAGGGCAGCCUGGUGGCUGAGAAGCUCAAAGAUGACACCAAGUUCUCAGAAGCCAUCCAGACCUUGCUGACCUGGAUAGAACGUGGGGAAGUGAACAGGAGAACUGCCAACAACUUCUACUCCAUGAUCCAGUCGGCCAACAGCCACAUCCGCAGGCUGGUCAACGAGAAGGCAGCUCACGAGAAGGAGAUGGAAGAGGCCAAGGAGAAGUUCAAGCUGGCUCUCUCAGGGAUCCUGGUGCAGUUCGAGCAGAUAGUGGCCGUGUACCAUUCUGCCUCCAAACAAAAGGCUUGGGACCAUUUCACGAAAGCUCAGCGUAAGAACAUCAGCGUGUGGUGCAAACAAGCAGAGGAGAUCCGAAACAUCCACAACGAUGAGCUGAUGGGCAUUCGGAGGGAGGAGGAGAUGGAAAUGUCUGAUGAGGAAAUAGAAGAUCCGUCAGAGAUGAAGGAAACAGAAGAGUCAGCACUGGUGGCCCAGCUGGAGGCUCUGAAGGAGGAGAACGACAGCCUGCGCUGGCAGCUGGACGCCUACCGCAACGAGGUGGAGCUGCUCAAGCAGGAGCAGGGCAAGGCCUCCAGGGACGAGGACACCACCAAGGAGCAGCAGAUGAAGCUCCUCCAGCAGGCUCUGCAGGGCAUGCAGAAGCAUCUUUUGAAAGUCCAAGAGGAGUACAAAAAGAGAGAAGCUGAGUUGGAAAAAGUGAAAGAAGACAAACUGAAAAUAGAAACAUUACUAGAAAACCUGAAGGAGCAGCAGAGCAUGGCAGAUGAAGAGGACAAGGAGGGAGAUGUAGCUGACUGCCAAGGGAAUGAGAGCAGCACAUCCAGAGUUUGUGCCUGCAGCCAGGAGAAGGAAUGCCCAGUGGAGAAGAGCUUGAGCAACAGCCCUGUGAAGUCUGAGCGGGAGGUUCUCCUGGUUGGGAUCAUUUCAACCUUUCUGCACGUGCAUCCCUUUGGAGCCAGCAUUGAGUACAUCUGCUCCUACCUGCAGCGCCUGGACAGCAAGAUCUGCACGGCCGAGGUGGAGGUCCUGAUGACGCGGCUGCAGAACACCUUCCGCCAGGAGCUCAGCGGGGUGGGGGCCAGCCUGGAGAAGAGGUGGAAGUUCUGUGGCUUUGAUGGGCUGAAAAUGACCUGAGCUGUGACUUCCCUCUGGGAACAGUGGGGUGUGGAUGCUGAGAAAAGCCUGGGAUGCUCCUCCCUCUGUUCUGAUGAUUCCCCCACACCACGGCCUCGGGGGACAAAGUGUCAAAGUGGAACCAAGUCCAGAGCAGCACCGGAGGAACCCCCAGGUUCUGCAGCUCCUUUGGUCAGUUAUUUGUUAAUGGGCAAGUGCUGUUCAAUAUAUUUUGGGGG